GCUGUCUUUCUCUGUUUCUUUUCUUCCAAGCUCACCUAUUAGACAUUCCUCUAAUCUCCAUCUUUCCGCUUCUCGUCGUCUUGAUUCUCUGUUAUCUCCCCUCCUUCCUUCUGUCUGUGGUUUGUGGCCAACAGGAAUGAUCUUCGGUUCGCGCUCGAGGGAGAAAAGUUUAUAGCUUUUGAUUCAUCUCUUGAAAAGCUGGGUCUGGCUCUUCUUCAAGGAAAUGCGACUUUGGGUCAUGCAGCCAAGAACAACCGAUUGUUAGCAGCUAUCGAGCGUAACUGGAUUGUUUCUGAACGAUGUGUUGUUUCGAAUGCGAUCCACUUUCGAUACUGAUGAUGUUCCAAUACUCGAAUUCUUGAUGAACACUCAAAUGGUUUGCAGAGCUCUGGUAACCACGUCCACCAAUGGUUUCAUGAAGCUGUGAGAUCGAAUCCUACACAAUCUAAAUGACGAGGCUAUCAGAGCAUCACACGCCGCACCUUAAACUACUAAGUACUAAACAUCACGAGCAUUUAGCUUCUUUUUUCCCAACAACUGGCAUUCCUCUCUCUCUGGUUUAGUUCAUGGACACUACUCUAAUCCGGAUAACGUCCUCAUUUCUGCCCAAGCAUCGUCCCAAUUCGGUCUCUCGAUCCUCACUAUGCUCCCGCAGUUGGAUCAACUCGAAUAGGAUGCUGCUUUACCACAAUUACUCCAGCGCCAGUUUCACGGUGGCGGGAACCGGCAGCGGAGGAGGAGAGGAGCCGGUGGCUUUGGACGAGUCGGCGUACGAGGCGGAGAGGUUGCGGCUGGACGCGCUGGCGCGGAAGUCGAUGGCCGAAGCUUCGGCGAGGGAGAUGAUGGAAGCCGACGGCGGCGGUGAGGCGGAGGAUCCGAAAGCUUGGAAGUGGAUAAUCCGGAAGCGGGUCUGGGAUUUGAUGGAAGCCCGGAACUUCGCUCAGAAUCCCCGACCCGUUCAUCACCGGAUCCCCAAUUUCGUCGGAGCUUCGACGGCCGCUCAAAAGUUGGGCGAGUUAGAAGAGUUCCAAAGGGCGAGUUGUGUGAAGGUAAACCCAGAUUCACCUCAGAAGCAAGUCAGGUUCCUAACCCUUUCUGAUGGGAAGAAGCUGCUAACUCCUCAACCUCGGCUGAGAACCGGGUUCUUCUCGGUGCUGGAUCCUGACUCCAACACCAGGUUGAAUCCCAGUACUAUACUCGAGGCUUGUACGUCCGUUGGAGCUGCGAAAUACGGUAGGCCGAUUGGGCUGGACGAGAAGAUCAAGGUGGAUCUUAUCGUCAUUGGUUCGGUUGCUGUUGAUCCCACCAGCGGGGCUCGACUUGGCAAGGGCGAGGGAUUUGCAGAGCUUGAGUAUGGAAUGCUGCGAUAUAUGGGGGCCAUUGAUGACUCUACGCCGGUUGUCACUUCAGUGCACGAUUGCCAAUUGGUCGACGAUAUCCCAGUAGACAAACUGCUGAUCCACGAUGUCCCUGUCGACAUUAUAUGCACGCCAACACGAGUCAUAUUCACAAACACCGGCAUCCCAAAGCCUCAAGGGAUCUACUGGGAUAAAUUGUCUCCAGAGAAACUCGGCCAAGUUCGGAUACUCAGAGAGCUCAAGAGACGAAUCGAGAAGGAAACUGGACACAAACUUCCUACUGGACCAUCAGAGAAACUACCCCCUACUGCUCAGCGGAAGAAACGCAGAUAAGAGUUCUGUAAUGAAGCCAUUUCUUACUCCAGCUUAUAGCGACACUCCUGGUGUAUAAUGAAAUGAAGAAAUUUGG